GGGAAAUAUUCAGCUUGCUUGUUUCCUGUUGAGAGAACAUCACGAACGAGCUCUUCGCCGUUGAUUUUACCAUAAAAAUCAUCUAAGAGAUGGUAAAAAUGCUUGAUACAUGCUAGAAGUUGCUUCAGCAAAUAAAACCUGCAUCCUGCGUUAGCUCAUCUGUGAAGAAUAUCCUGGUUGGAAGGGUUAAAACCCUAUCAAAUCAUGGCACACCAGAAGUCGAGGUGGCCGGCCGGCACAGAGGUGGUCACCAGAUAUGAGUUUCAAGGUGUCAACAAAGAUGAUUUGCCUUUUAAAAAAGGAGAGGUCUUGGUUAUUGAACGGGAUACUAGAGACCCUAACUGGUACCGGGCCAGGAACAAGACAGGUGUUAUUGGCCUUAUUCCUGUCAAUUAUGUACAAGUCUUAGAAAGGGGUGCAGUCAAGCUGCAUGCAAUGCCGUGGUUUCAUGGGAAAAUUGAAAGAGAGAAAUCAGAAGAACUGCUUCAACCCAGGACAGAUGGUUUAUUUCUUGUCAGAGAAAGUCGGAACUAUGUAGGAGACUACACACUGUCUGUCUGCUGCAAUGGCAAAGUUGAGCAUUACAGAGUGAUAUUCAAAGACAACAUGCUUACAGUGGAUGAAGAAGAAUAUUUUGAGAAUUUAACAAAAUUAGUAGAACAUUACCAAAAUGACUCUGAUGGGUUGUGUACAAGACUGAGACAGCCUGUUAAGAAGUCAGGAAGAUAUAAUUACUCAGUCGACUCUGAGUCCUUUGUCAAAGAGGGCUGGAGCAUUCAGAAGAGUGAACUGAUAAUCAAAGAGACUAUUGGAAAAGGGGAAUUUGGAGAUGUUUUACUAGGUACCUAUCGAGGUAAGCAAGUGGCACUCAAAUGUCUGAAGGACGACACACGAGCCGCUCAACAGUUUUUAGCUGAAGCUUCUAUCAUGACAGCCCUAAGCCAUAAGAAUCUAGUCCAGCUAUUGGGUGUGUCACUAGACGGGGGGACAACAUACAUCGUGACCGAAUACUGUGCUAAGGGAAGCUUAAUAGACUAUCUGCGAUCAAGAGGGCGGACCGUCAUCGGCGCCAAAGAUCUUGUUGGAUUUGCCAGGGAUGUUGCCGCCGGCAUGCAGUAUUUGGAGUCCAAGAACCUUGUCCAUAGGGAUCUGGCUGCAAGGAAUGUCCUGAUUCACGAGGAUGGCACGGCGAAGGUUUCCGAUUUCGGACUCGCCCGUGAUGCUGACGUGAUCGUAGAAGGCGGUAAAUUCCCCAUCAAAUGGACAGCGCCAGAGGCUUUAAAAGAACAGAAAUUUUCGACCAAGUCAGACGUAUGGAGCUAUGGCAUCUUCAUGUGGGAACUGUUCUCAUUUGGUCGCGUUCCUUAUCCUCGCGUGCCUCUGUCUGACGUAGUGGCGAAGGUGGAGAAAGGUUACCGGAUGGAAUCGCCAGAUGGGUGUCCGCCCGAGGUCUACCAAAUCAUGCGGGACUCCUGGGAGAUGAACCCAAAUGCGCGCCCCACGUUCGGCGAUAUCCAUAGAAGACUAGACAAAAUUCACAACUCGUUCAUGUGAUCCCCGUGAAGCAUUGUGGGAUCUCAACAUAAUCACGUGAUGCAAGAGCUAUCAACCUCUUCACCAGGGUUUACUUGUUCAAUUAUUCAAAAUAGCGUCAGUUUGAAAAAAGGCGGUGAUUCGAAAAGUACCCUGGCAAGAUCAUAUGACCCAUAGAGUCGCGCAGUGAUUCAUGGUCUUACAAAAUGUAGCCCAAUCAUCACUAGGAGAGGCUGUUACGUCAUAAUUUAUGCAAUUUUGGACACUGUUUAAGAGUUUUAUGCUAGUCUGAUUAUUAAGGCCUAGCUAGGACUUUAUAUGUACAGCAAGUCACACCACUUAUACCCUUAGAUCACCCUACCGUGUAAAAAAUUUCAUUUGAAUAACACCGAGCCAAGUUAUUUUCGCUAGGAAUAUCAACAUGACAAGAUUUCUUACUAAUUUUUUAUAAGAAAAGUAUCCCGGUACAUUCCUGUGAGUGAUGCAUUCAAUCACUUUUCGAGUUGUGUAAGCCUGUGGACCCCUUGUCAACCAUUACUUUUGUAAUAAGAAAUUUGAUAAAAAAAAUCAUUCACCUGUG